CAAUUAGAUUUUGAAAAGAAGAAUCAAUAUAACCUAAAAGUAGAAGCGACUAACAUUCAUCCUGACCCACGAUUUUUCUACUUGGGACCAUUUAGAGACUCAGCUUUGGUCAAAGUUUAUGUGGAAGAUGUAGAUGAGCCACCUGUUUUUAAUUUACCAUCACAUUUAAUAGAAGUUGAUGAAGAUGUCAGAGAAGGCAGUAUCAUUGGGCAAGUAAUAGCCCGGGAUCCAGAUGCAACAAAUAACCUAAUCAAAUAUUCUUUGGAUCGCCACACUGAUUUCGACAGAAUAUUCAACAUCUACUCAGGAAAUGGUUCCAUAUUUGUUUCUAAGAGCAUUGAUCGAGAAGCGGCCCCAUGGCAUAACCUCACUGUUGUUGCAACUGAAAUUAGCAAUCCAAAACAAAGUACUCAGACUCCCAUCUUCAUUCGGAUUUUGGAUAUAAAUGAUCAUGCCCCAGAGUUUGCCAAGUUCUAUGAAAUUUUUGUUUGCGAGAAUGCAAAAGCAGGACAG